UUCUCGUGUACUUCCGCCCAUUCCCGCAGUUAGUCUUCUGGCAGGAAUGAAGCCACUUCGGGCUUCCCCGGCGCCUUCUGUAAACUUCCGGCCUCCCUCGCGCCUUCGUAGUGCUCUUCCGGGUGAUGAUCGUCGGGUGCCCCGGAAGUAGCCCUGGCGAAAGCAUCUUUCCCUUUCUUCCCCGCCUCUCCCCAGUUUGGGGAAGACCUCUCUGUCCAAUCAUGCCAAAAAGGAAAGUGACCUUCCAAGGCGUGGGAGAUGAGGAUGAUGAGGAUGAAGUCAGUGCUCCCAAGAAGCUGGUAGACCCUGUGGCUGGGGGUCCUGGGAGCCGCUUCAAAGGCAAACACUCUUUGGACAGUGAUGAGGAGGAUGAUGAGGAGGAGGGAUCCAGUAAAUAUGACAUCCUGGCCUCAGAGGAUGUAGAAGGUCAGGAAGCAGCCACACUUCCCAGUGAAGGGGGUGUGCGAAUUACACCCUUCAAUCUUCAGGAAGAGAUGGAGGAAGGCCACUUUGAUGCUGAUGGCAACUACUUCCUGAACCGGGAUGCUCAGAUCCGAGACAGCUGGUUGGACAACAUCGACUGGGUGAAGAUCAGGGAGCGGCCACCUGAUCAGCGCCAUGCUUCAGAGGAGGAGGAGGAUAGCUUGGGCCAGACCCCAAUGAGUGCCCAAGCCCUCUUAGAGGGACUUGUAGAGCUGCUAUUGCCGAGGGAGACAGUAGCUGGAGCACUGAGGCGUCUAGGGGCCCGAGGAGGAGGCAAAGAGGGUAGCAAGGGACCUCGACGGCCCAGUUCCCCCCAGCGCUUAGACAGGCUCUCUGGGUUGGCUGACCAGAUGGUGGCUCGAGGCAACCUUGGUGUAUACCAGGAAACAAGGGAACGGUUGGCUAUGCGGCUGAAGGGUUUGGGCUGCCGAACCCCAGGACCCCAUGAUUCCACGCCUCCACCCUCCCUGGAUAUGUUUGCUGAGGAAGUAGCAGAGGGGGACCUGGAGACCCCGACCCCUGCUCAGAGAGGAGAAGCAGAGUCACCAGCUGAUGGUUUGGUGGAUGUGAUGUGGGAAUAUAAGUGGGAGAACACAGGGGAUGCCGAGCUGUAUGGGCCCUUCACCAGUGCCCAGAUGCAGGCCUGGGUGAGUGAAGGCUACUUUCCAGAUGGUGUUUAUUGCCGGAAGCUGGACCCUCCUGGUGGUCAGUUCUACAACUCCAAACGCAUUGACUUUGACCUCUACACCUGAGCAUGCUGUGUGUGCUCAAUUUCGCAGCCACUACUUUCCUGGACUUUUGGUGGAGGAGGCCCUAGCUGCCUUGGGCCACUUUUGGUUGGAGACUGCUUUUCAAUCAGUUUCCCCUUUCCCAAUAAAAACUUGGGUAUGCACUGGGGUUUGGCUGUGCUGAUGGCCAGAAAUGAGGGGCCUGCUCCAUGGCUUGCCUCAGUCUUUGACUGUUCAUGUCCAUGAAGUUUCUUGAGAGUUUCUCUUGGGUGUCUUGGACUGCUUCACCAUGGUUUUCCGCCUUUAGAGGCAUAGGCAGGCCUCUUAGGUGUCCUGGAGCCUCUACCUGGAUGUUGGAGGCGGUAUAAAAAUCCAUUUACUCAUGUUCUCUUUUUCAGUCUUCUCUGGGUGUUCUUGUGCUGCCAUUCUUAGGAUUUAGACUUAGGAUCUCGAAUUCUCUGUCCUUGCAGUCUCUGGAGUAUAGAGCCUCAGAAGUGGAGAUUCUAUAUCUGGAAGAGGCAAGAGGUCUAUAAUACUUCAGGAUCCUGUUGAGGGAGGCCAUGUAGACCAGCUGUACUCUGUACCAAGCCCAGAGAGGGGGAGUGACUAGAGGUCACCCAGUGAAUCAGAAAGCUGGCCCAGGCCCAGUGGGCUCCUUUCUCAGACCAUUCUUGGCAUAAAGCCUUUUCUGUUCGGUCUUUGAGGCUCUGCAGCUUGCUUUUUUUAGGCUCCCGUAUGUGUUGGGCACACGAGUAGUGCCUUGAGAAAACAGAUAAUUGGGCUGGUCCACUUCAGGAAUUCUGAGUUUGAAGGCAGAGGAAAUGUGAGGCAAAAGGAUGUAAAUCUACGGCCUAGACUUAACUCCUUCACCCAUCGUCAUCGCUGCCUCGUGCCUCACUUUACUCAUAAGCAACUCAGAUUCUUCCUCUCUUCCACCCUGCCUACCCAUGGGACUCUCCUGGGGAGCUGUGAAAUCCUUUAAGAUUCUGAUUGAGGGGCUGGGGAUUUAGCUCAGCAGCAUAAGCGCCUGCCUUGCAAGCAGGCAGUCGUGGGUUCGAUCCCUGGUACCGAUAAAAACGAAAAAGACUCCCCCCAAAAAAAGAUUCUGAUUGAGUGCCCUGUAGCCAGGGCAGUGGAUCUUUUAGAAGCUCCUUAGGUGUUUCUUAUAUGCAGCUGGUGCCAGGUGUGGUUGUGUAGAACUGUAAUCCCAGCACUCAGGAGGCAGAGGAAGGACGAUUGCCAUGAGUUCAAGGCCAGCCUGAACUACCUAGUGAGACACUAACAAAACAACAAAAAACCCAAAAUAAAUAGUACGCAGCUGGUUGAGAAUCCCUGAGUCUGACUCAUAACAGGUACAUCUGGAGAGAGGUUUCUGGGUCACACCAGGAAAGCAGAGCUGACUGUGUAUGUGGCUCUGGUGAAUCCAUUAAUUGCAGUUGAUCUAAGCACACAAGCCCAGGGUAGCAGGAGCCAAGCUAGGAACUAGAAAAGAUGAGGGCCAGACUGGCCAGAGUUUCCUGACGCUCUCCAGCUGGAGGUUAAGUCUCCAGUUUCUGGGGUAAGUAGGCUACACUAGAACUUUGAUGAUUCCAAAAAGCUAUCAUUGAUAAGAUGCCUGACUGUUACUAACAGAAGAACCUUACCAGUUAAGAGUUGUUAAGAUACCAUAAAUUAAAAGAGGCAGUUGAUUUCUGAAGUGAAAAGCAUCUGGAUGAGUGAAAUACAGUGCUCACCUUCAAUGUCCUUGUCACUGUGUUUUGGGAGGCGCUUACUAUCUAGAAACUGUGGGCCAUUCUUCCUACAAGCACCUCAGAAUUGACUUCAGUGUCCCAAAGCUCACCUCACCUUCCUCUCACAGCUUCCUCCUUAAUGUACCAUGUAGAUACAAAGUAACGGCCCCAGAGAUACCCCAUCCUGAAUCCCAGAACUUGGAACCUGUGAAAGUUAUGUCAUGUGGCAAAGGGACCCUUACAGGCAUGAUGGGGUUCAGAGAUCUGAAAGGGGGAGGUAGCCUUGGGUUUCUUUCUUAAGAUCCAUUUUAUUUUGAAGAGGAAAAAAUGUAAAAUUUCACAUCAGUUGGGGCAACAGGCCCUGGGUUUCUGAGAUGGGCCUAGCAGUGAGAGAAUGGGAAGCAGAGAAAGGCAGGAAUGGAUUCUUUCCCAGAGGCCCCACCAAGAAGUACAGCCAGUGAGACCAUUUUGGACUUUGACCUCAAGAACUGUAAGAUAAUAAAUUUUUGUUCUUUUAAGCCUC